UCCAGGGAGCGGCAGUUAAGCUUACGCAUUAGUUGGCGGACGCUUUGGCGCCAGGGGCCAAUGGGAUCUGGGUUUAUGGGAGGACCGUGAGGAGUGGGCGUGGUCAGAGUCUGAUUCUGAGGUUUCUGGUGCAACUUGCCAGAUCUACGUCUAGAGCUAAGCUGAACGGACGUGGGUUGCUUUCCACCCGCGUAGGAACGCCUGCCAAUGCUUUCUUGUUUGGACACAGACUCCAGUUCGGGAGUCUUGUAGCUGGAUCACCUAGGACGAGACGUUCAAAAGCAUUAAGAAGAAAGCAUUCAAUUUGGGACACUUAUUUGCAGCUGGAAAUGGGGAAUGGACUGUCAGACCAGACUUCUAUCUUGUCCAUCUUGCCUUCAUUUCAAUCCUUCCACAUCGUUAUUCUGGGUUUGGACUGUGCUGGAAAGACAACUGUAUUAUACAGGCUGCAGUUCAAUGAGUAUGUAAAUACUGUGCCCACCAAAGGAUUUAAUACUGAGAAAAUAAAGGUGACCCUGGGAAAUUCUAAAACAGUCACUUUUCACUUCUGGGAUGUAGGUGGUCAGGAGAAAUUAAGGCCACUGUGGAAAUCAUAUACCAGAUGCACAGAUGGCAUUAUGUUUGUUGUAGACUCUGUUGAUGUUGAAAGAAUGGAAGAAGCCAAAACUGAACUUCAUAAAAUAACUAGGAUAUCAGAAAAUCAAGGAGUCCCUGUACUUAUAGUUGCUAACAAACAAGACCUCAGGAAUUCGUUGUCUCUCUCAGAAAUUGAGAAAUUGUUAGCAAUGGGUGAACUGAGCUCAUCAACUCCCUGGCAUUUGCAGCCUACCUGUGCAAUCAUAGGAGAUGGACUAAAGGAAGGACUUGAGAAACUACAUGAUAUGAUAAUUAAAAGAAGAAAAAUGUUGCGGCAACAGAAAAAGAAAAGAUGAAGAGUGAUACCUUUUAUUAUAUCUGUGUGGAAUAGGUUUUCUCUGGUCUGAUUUUGACAAAUGGAAGAGUGUCUACACCUGGUUUACCUGCCUGCCCUCCUGGAUGCUUUUAAAACCUAGUUUUGUAGAACGAUCAGAUUCCCAGUGUUGUUGCGUUUUGGAAGAUGAGUAAAUGCAGGGCAUCUUAAAGUGGUUUCUUCUCCACUCCUAACCCCCAAGUCUUGUGGUACUGCUGUUUUUGGAAGCCAUGCAAGGAUAGUGAAAUGACCAGAAAACAGUUGUGGAAAUCUGAACUGAAGUUAGUGAAAUAAAACUUUGAAGAAUGGCUUAAAAAAAAAAAAAAAAAUCUAUCCCUAUCUUUUCUUCUCCUUCACUUCUGUUACUUAAUGACAAUCUUUGUGCAUUUAAAUUAGUUCUGUCAUAAUGGUGCAUUAGGAUGCACAGUAUAAUAAAAGGCAGUGCAGCAGUAAACAUCUAUUUGAGGGCUUUAGAUGGUGUGACAAAAUUAUAAUGUCAAGACUGUUCAGUUUUAUAAGCAGGGACAGUCGUGGUGGUCAGUUACAGUGAGUAUCCAAGCAGGAGCUGCAUUGUCUAGCCUGGGAACUCUGCAGCUGUUAAUCGUGCUAUUGUCGUAACAUGUCACUGCCAUGUGUUUUAUUGAUUGAAGAAAGGCUACCACAUUAUGUCUGCCACCAGAAUCUUUUUAGUAGUGAUUAAAAACUAUUGACCUCCUUCCAUAUCAUUUCAUUAAAAUCUUCGUUAUGAAUAUAAAGCUGUGAAAUACACUGUUACUGAAUAAAGGGAUGAUUUGUGCAGAAAUUGUAGUUUUAUGUUC